CAAAAAUUAAAAAAAAAAUUCGUUAUAUAUAUGCAAAAGAACAUGAGAACCAACCACAUAAGCAAAAUACCGUUAUAGAUAAUGAUAACUGUGUCUCUUCCCUCUCCCGCCAAAUUCAUCCCCCCUCCUUCUCCCUCUCCCACUCCCAAAUCCCUUCGAAGAAACCCUGAUUUCGAAGCUCUAAAGGAUCGUUUAAUUCGACACGCAAAUGUCGGAAAUCUUAAGCAAGCAAUCUCGACCCUUGAUCACUUUUCCCAUAUGGGUUUUACCCCUGACCUCACUUCCUAUACCGUUCUCCUCAAAUCUUGCAUUCGAACCCGGAAUUUCAAAUUCGGGGAAAUGGUACACUCGAAGAUUAAGGAGUCGGAACUAGAACCGGAUACUAUUGUUUUGAACUCGUUGAUAAGUUUAUAUGCUAAGAUGGGUAGUUGGAAAAAAGCUGAACAGAUUUUCGAGGGUAUGGGUGAGAAAAGGGAUUUGGUUUCUUGGAGUGCGAUGAUUUCGUGCUUUGCUCAUUGUGGGAUGGGGGUGGAAGCGGUGGUUAGUUUUAUUGAGAUGGUGGAGUUUGGGGAGUGCCCGAAUCAGUUCUGCUUCUCUGCGGUGAUUCAGGCGUGUUGUAAUGAGGAGUUGGGGUGGGUUGGAUUGGGGGUGUUUGGGUUUGUGAUUAAAACUGGUUAUUUUGAGUCGGAUGUUUGUGUUGGGUGUGCGUUGAUUGAUUUGUUUGCGAAAGGGUUUAGUGAUUUGAGUUCAGCGAAGAAAGUGUUUGAUAGAAUGCCUGAGAGGAAUGUUGUUACCUGGACUUUGAUGAUUACUAGAUUUUCACAACUUGGUGAUGCGAGUGGUGCUGUUAGACUGUUCUUGGAGAUGGUUUCUGAAGGGUUUUUUCCUGAUAGGUUUACGUUUAGUGGUGUUUUAUCGGCUUGUGCGGAGCCAGGGUUGUCUUUACUUGGGAGGCAACUGCAUGGUUGGGUCAUUAAGUCUAGGUUGUCUUCAGAUGUUUGUGUCGGGUGCAGUUUGGUGGACAUGUAUGCAAAAAGUACGAUGGAUGGAUCUAUGGAUGAUUCAAGAAAGGUUUUUGAUCGGAUGGCUGAUCAUAAUGUCAUGUCUUGGACUGCUAUUAUAACAGGAUGUGUUCAAAGCGGUAACUAUGAUAUCGAAGCUAUUAAAUUGUACUUUAGGAUGAUGGAUGGUCCAGUUAAACCAAACCAUUUUACAUUUUCUAGUCUUUUAAAGGCAUGUGGAAAUCUUUCGAACCUUGCUCUAGGUGAACAGAUCUAUAAUCACGCAGUGAAAUUGGGUCUUGCAUCUGUGAACUGUGUAGCCAAUUCUCUAAUUAGCAUGUAUGCGAAGUCCGGUAGGAUGGAAGAAGCCCGGAAAGCUUUCGAAUUAGUGUUUGAGAAGAAUUUGGUUUCUUACAACAUAAUAGUUGAUGGAAAUUCAAAGAAUUUGGAUUCUGCAGAAGCUUUUGAACUUGUCAGCGAGAUAUACUCUGAAGUUGGGGUUGAUGCUUUCACGUUUGCUAGUUUAUUAAGUGGAGCUGCAAGUGUAGGUGCAGUUGGAAAGGGUGAGCAGAUCCAUUCUCGGGUCUUAAAAGCAGGGAUGCAGUCAAACCUAUCUGUCUGCAAUGCUUUGAUAUCUAUGUAUUCUAGAUGUGGUAAUAUAGAGGCUGCUUUUCAAGUUUUUGAAGGAAUGGAAGAUAGAAACGUAAUAUCUUGGACUUCAAUUAUAACAGGUUUUGCAAAACAUGGAUUUGCUCACAGAGCUGUGGAAUUGUUCAAUCAAAUGCUUGGGGCUGAUAUAAAACCAAACGAAGUCACAUACAUUGCUGUUUUAUUAGCUUGUAGCCAUGUUGGUUUAGUUGACGAGGGAUGGAAGUAUUUUGACUCAAUGUCCAAAGAACACGGUAUAACUCAUAGGAUGGAACAUUAUGCAUGCAUGGUUGAUUUGUUAGGACGAUCAGGCUCUCUUGAAAAGGCUGUUCAGUUUAUCAAAUCACUGCCCGUGAAUGUUGAUGCUCUUGUUUGGCGCACCUUGCUCGGGGCUUGCCGGGUGCAUGGUAAUUUACAACUGGGGAAGUACGCUGCAGAAAUGAUUCUUGAACAGGAGCCAAAUGAUCCAGCGGCGCACGUCUUACUAUCUAACUUGUAUGCUUCGAGGGGUCAAUGGGAAGAGGUAGCAAAGAUCAGAAAAGACAUGAAAGAAAAGAGAUUGGUGAAGGAAGCUGGAUGUAGUUGGAUAGAAGCUGAAAACAGUGUCCACAAGUUUUAUGUAGGCGACACAAAGCAUCCAAAAGCAAAGGAGAUAUAUGAAAAGUUAGAUAAGAUAGCAAUUAAAAUAAAGGAGAUUGGUUAUGUUCCUAACACAGACUUAGUGCUUCAUGAGGUUGAGGAUGAACAAAAGGAGCAAUAUCUUUUCCAACACAGUGAGAAAAUUGCUUUGGCCUUUGGUCUUAUUAGCACAUCUGAUCAAAAGCCUAUCAGGAUAUUCAAAAAUCUUCGAGUAUGUGGAGAUUGCCAUAACGCAAUGAAGUUUAUAUCUGUAUCGGAAGGAAGAGAGAUAAUAUUUAGAGAUUCUAAUCGUUUUCACCAUAUUAAAGACGGACUCUGCUCCUGCAAUGACUAUUGGUAAAAAUCUUAUUCUCAACUGUUGUCUUAUUGACAAAUCCAAACCAAAGUAGCAAAUAUGACUAAAAUACUAUACAAAUCAUUCUGGUUGUGGAGAUAGGAAUAGUGCUAUAAAGCAUGUAUCUGUAAUCAUGUGGAGAAGUACAGAAUGAAACCAUAUUAUUUGCACAUUUAUUUUUCUGUUC